AAGACAAGAAGACGUUUGGUUGUACGCACGAGCCUAUCCAAACGAUAUGCGGAGGUAUUUCUUCUCAGAUGAUCAGAGCUUUGGGAAAGCAGGAACUAGUUAGCAGUAGUGGUCAUCUGGAUACUGAUUUCUGGUACACAGGAGGAGCUACAGUUUCGCCUGAACAUAAGGACUUCAGCACAGACCUCGAUGAUGCGCGGUAG